CAAACUAAGUAAAUAAACCAAAGGCUGGAGAGGAGAUCAACAAUAAGAACAGUGGUGCUAUUAAUUUUGAAAUUUAACAAUUUAAAGACGAUGUUGAUGAACAGAGCCUUUUUAGUCGUGAAAAAUGUGCGAAACUGCAGAUUCAUUCAUCUCGGACAGCCCCUGCUGGACCAGAAGUUCAAGUUCGGCGAAACGGAAAGCAGGCCGGAGAAAAGACUGCUGAUAGAGGAUAAAGUGCCUCAGGGUUACAGACUGGUGUACCGGGCGCCCAUGAAGAACUACGUCCUGAUGAACCAGAUCCUGUGCUCGAGCAGCGUCUUCAUGGCGGGGGGCGUGGUGGCCGUCAAAGCGGCCAACCUGGUGGCCCUGGACCUCCCGCUGUCCGAUCUUUUGGAGUCGAGCAAUUUCACCCCUGUGGAAGUCGGCGGUGCUUUCGCCAUGGCGGCCGUUUUAAUUGGAUCGCUUGUUUCUAUCUGCCAGAGGUUUCCCCUGAGAAUGUACAAAUCUGAGGCGGAGAAAAAAUUUCUUUAUGUGAAGUAUGGGUUCCUGCCCUUUGCCACGAAGCGGUAUCAGAUAAAUUUCGGUGGGGUGAAGAUUAAAAACGCACAAAAUGAUCUGGACGGACUGCACUACGGUUUAGACACUGUUAACAAAUCAGGAUUAAUUUUGUUUCCGACCUUCUUCCGCACUCCAAGCGACUUUCUUGAUUUACUCAGUGACUAGUGAUAAUAAAUUAAAAAUUGUUGCAAAUUA